CUCUAUUUCUGACGGAUUAUGAAUGAAAUUAUAUGCAAAUUUUUCUCUAUUCCAAUUCUCACCCUCUGAUCGCCCUUCACUUUCUUUACCCCCAAUUGUUAAUCUUAAUCCUCUAUCUCCACAAUUCUGAAAUCUCUUUCUUUUAAUUUAAUGUUUUAAUCCCUAAAAAUAUCACCUCCAUUACACUCAGCAAACAACAAAAGGUGGCAACGAACCGGCCCUUAGAGAGUGAGACUAGCCCUCCUUCGCUGCCAGCUCGGUUCGUUUGUUGGGCUGAUUGGAACUCGCUUUAGGUGGGGUUCUUUCAGCGGCGGCAUGAUUUGUUUUAGAGAUUGUCAAAAAACAUUAAAAGGAAAAUGAACAUAUUUGGACGACGGUAAUUUAUUGGAUGGUAAAAAAGAAACCCACAACCUUUAUUACUGGCAAUUUUCAAAUUUUCAUACCAACCAAAACAACAAAAGAAAUGGGGUGCGCCGGCGACCCGUUCUCCCUCCGACCACCUCUUGCGACUGAUCUCGUCUCUUUCGCCACCACCAAAGCAGCAGCCCCAUGUUUUACGGCCUUUCGCAGCCGCCCUGAACCACCCAAAAAGUCCUUUUUCCAACCUCUCAAUUCCCUCUCUUUUUCCUAUCUUAAACCUCUCCAAAACCCCCUCUCUUCCUUCCUCAAAUUCUCCUCUUCCUCUGAUAACCAUGACUACAUUGGAGGCGGAAAUGGAGCCGGCGGAAAUGGAAACGGCAAUGGCGGAAAUGGAAAUGAAGAUGAUUGGAACGGCUUCUUCAAUUUUGACAAGAGCCCACUACUUGUUUCUCUGGUUUAUCAUAAUUUAGCUCAAAAGGACGGCAUUUUUACCAUCAAUGAACAGAAUGUUAGGCUAUUCUUGUUGGCGUUGAUAUCUUCCGUUGCUUCGUUUGGUUGGUUGCUAUCUUCACCUUCACUAGCUGAAGCUAAAACCGGAACAGACAUAUCGAAUGAGGUCAAAAAUGAUCAUGAAGAGGAGGAAAAGGUCACCGUCUGUGAAAUUAGAGGCGGGAAGAGAAUCAAUUUGGUGCCAGAUUUUGAGAGGGAUGAAUUUAUUGUUCCUGAAAAUUUUUGGCCCUUUUGGAGGUUUUUUCUGGGGCAGAGUUCAGGCCAAAGUGUGAAGAAGCUUUCGUUGGGGGAUUUCUGGGGUCAGUGUAAAGAUUUGCUCAAAGAUUUGAUGCUUCCAGAAGGCUUCCCAGAGAGUGUAACGAGUGAUUAUUUGGAGUACUCGCUUUGGAGGGGAGUUCAAGGUGUUGCUGCCCAAAUAAGUGGUGUUCUGGCUACUCAAGCCUUGCUUUAUGCUGUUGGAUUGGGUAAAGGAGCCAUUCCAACGGCAGCAGCGGUAAAUUGGGUACUGAAGGAUGGCAUCGGAUAUCUUAGCAAGAUUCUAUUUUCAAAUUUUGGAAGGCAUUUUGAUGUUAAUCCCAAGGGUUGGAGGUUGUUUGCGGACUUCUUGGAAAAUGCAGCUUAUGGAUUGGAGAUUCUGACUCCUGCCUUUCCGCAUCUCUUUGUUCCAAUUGGUGCUGCUGCUGGAGCAGGUAGAUCUACAGCUGCACUUAUCCAGGCUGCAACGCGAAGCUGUUUCUAUGCUGGCUUUGCUGCUCAAAGGAAUUUCGCUGAGGUAAUAGCAAAGGGUGAAGCUCAAGGCAUGGUGAGCAAAUCUAUUGGAAUUCUUCUUGGCAUAGCUUUAGCAAACUGCAUACAAUCUUCUACCCCUCUAGCUCUUGCCACUUUUGGUGCCGUAACAUGGGUCCACAUGUUUUGCAAUCUGAAAUCUUAUCAAUCCAUACAACUGAGGACUUUAAAUCCAUAUCGUGCUGGUUUGGUCUUCAGUGAAUAUCUUCUUAGUGGCCUUGUUCCUUCGGUAAAGGAGGUUAAUGAUGAAGAACCACUAUUUCCCGAUUUCCCAGGUCUUAAUUUGAAGCCAGAUACUGCACGAUUAGAAAUACUCUCUGUAGAAGCUAAGGAUGCAGCUGCAAAGAUUGAGCGGCGGUUGCAGCUGGGCUCCAAAUUAUCAGACAUUGUUCAGAAUAGAGAGGAUGCACAUGCCCUGUUUGAGUUGUACAAGGACGAAGGUUAUAUCUUGGCCGAUUAUGAAGGAAGAUUCUGUGUGGCAUUAAAAGAGAGUUGUACACCACAAGACAUGCUAAGAUCAUUGUUUCAAGUUAGUUAUCUAUAUUGGUUAGAAAACAAUGCUGGGAUAAAGUCAAGUAGUGCAGCUGUUGAUUGCAAACCAGGGGGUAGGCUACAAAUGUCUUUAGAAUAUACCCGAUGGGAGUAUGACCAUGCUAAAGGUGACAGCGAAGCGGCUGGUUUUGUCACCGAUGGUCUGAUUGCAAGGCCGCUGCCGUACAGGAUAUCUCAAGAGAUCAGAGGCUGUUGAUGGUCCAAAAUCAGUUCUUGUUGGAUAAAAUAGUUUGCUGCAAUGAGGAAGGAUUUGAUUGAAAGGUCAAAUCUGCCUGCAAUUUUUCAAAUGCAGGAGAAAUGAAAUCUAAUCGCAAUCAUGUGAAGAAGAGGUUUUCUUCCUAUCUUUUUGCUAUAUUUGUUGGCCGAUUGCUGUUAGAUGACAACAUUUUUGAUGCAGGGAAGUUUUUAGAUGGGGUAAAUUACAUUCUUGGGUCUCUUUUGAUCCAACUAGCCAAAGGAGUCGGAUUAGAUUAUUAUGUUAGGUGAAUGAUGUUUGUCCAAAUGUAUAUUCUCGUUAUGGUAUUAAAUAGAGAUUGGAUAUCUCAUUGUAUUUGUGCAAAUGUAUGUUUGUUUAUCGAGUUUAGAAAGUAAAAUUUCUAGCGGUACCUGCUUCUGGACAGCAUUAUAGUUCUCCUAAUGUUGUCACAUAACUGAUGAAAAUAAUUUGAGUCUACAUUUAUAAAACCUUGAAAUGAAGCUA